AACUACGAGUAAAUAAUACGGAGUACCUCGUAAUCAUCUAAUUUAUAAAUAAAAAGAUUUUAUUAGAAUUAAACAAAAUAAUGUUUAUUUAAGGUAAAAUUUAAUACAUGAGAUUUUUAGGCCCUCCGGUUCCACCAUCUAGUUCCUUCUCGUUCCUGUUCGGUUGCAGCUCCUGUGGGCGCUUCCGAUUUCGUUGCAGAUCCGCUCGUCGCUGCUCCACGUAGACGCCGCCCUCCACCGCCCGACGUCUCUCUGGGAAAUGGCUAGCAUCCUACAACGAGUAGCGAGGCAUUCGUGUCACAACUAUCAGCUCAACCAGGCUUCACUAUCGAUGGCAUUCUCUGCAUCCGCCAACUCACUGGUAGAGAUCCAACGUGGAGAGGUUGGGAUGGUUUCUGGUAUACCCCAAGAACAUCUUCGCAGGAGGGUUGUUAUUUUCUCACCUGCCCGGACUGCUACUCAACAAGGAUCGGGUAAAGUUGGAAAAUGGAAAAUCAACUUUUUAUCAGUUCAAAAAUGGGAAAAUCCAUUGAUGGGCUGGACUUCCACCGGUGACCCAUAUGCCAAUGUUGGUGAUGCUGGACUGAACUUUGAGAGUGAAGAAGCUGCAAAAGCUUUUGCCGAAAGACAUGGAUGGGAGUACACGGUGAAGAAACGCCACACACCGUUGUUAAAGUGUAAAUCCUAUGCCGAUAAUUUCAAGUGGAAAGGCCCUCCCAAGGCAGAGGUUUGAAUCAGCCGUCUCCGUUCACUGAUGCACUGCUGAAGUCACUGGCACAAGUUGAUUCGUGUUGCUUUGACUUUUGGGUUUUGGUGUUUUCUUUUUAUCGUCCACCCCAAGUUGUUGUAUUAAUAAAUCUAACUUACCAAAACCUUGUAUUUGGACGCCUUGCAUUGUGAAUCAAUCCUUUGGUUUGUCUACACAAAGCUUCAGUUAAAACAACAUUUAACUAUUUAAGGCCUUGUUUGCAAUCACUUGGGCGGUUUUCUAUGGU